AUGGCGGACUGCGGCGGCUUAGGUGGAGCCGAGACUGCUGCGGCUUCUCCUCCUGCACCCGCUCCCGAACUGAGCCCUCCGCUGGGCUGGAGGGAGCGGCUCCGGGCCGGGCUGGCGGGGACUGGGGCUUCGUUGUGGUUCGUGGCGGGGAUGGGGCUGCUUUACGCUCUGAGGGUCCCGCUAAGGCUGUGUGAGAACUUGGCAGCGGUGACAGUAUUUUUAAAUUCUUUGACUCCGAAAUUCUAUGUGGCACUUACAGGGACAUCUUCUUUGAUAUCAGGACUAAUAUUUAUUUUUGAAUGGUGGUACUUCCAUAAGCACGGCACAUCUUUUAUUGAGCAAGUAUCUGUAAACCAUUUGCGACCAUUGAUGGGAGGAACAGAGAGCAGCAUUUCAGAGCCAGGUUCUCCUUCCAGCAACAGAGAAAGUGAAACCAGCAGACAGAAUUUGUCAGAAUGCAAGGUAUGGAGAAAUCCUCUAAGCCUUUUCAGAGGAGCAGAAUACAGGAGAUACACUUGGGUGACUGGUAAAGAGCCACUUACAUACUAUGACAUGAACUUGUCAGCUCAGGACCAUCAAACCUUUUUCACCUGUGACACAGACUUUUUACGUCCUUCAGACACAGUUAUGCAGAAGGCAUGGAGGGAAAGAAAUCCUCCAGCUCGAAUCAAAGCAGCCUAUCAAGCUUUAGAGUUAAACAAUGACUGUGCCACUGCAUAUGUUCUACUGGCUGAGGAAGAAGCAACAACUAUUAUAGAUGCUGAAAGGUUAUUUAAACAGGCACUCAAGGCAGGAGAAACAAUUUAUAGGCGGUCACAGCAGUGCCAGCACCAAAGUCCUCAGCAUGAAGCUCAACUGAGGAGAGAUACCAACGUUCUGGUAUAUAUUAAAAGAAGAUUGGCAAUGUGUGCAAGAAAAUUAGGAAGAAUAAGAGAAGCAGUGAAAAUAAUGAGAGAUUUGAUGAAAGAAUUUCCUCCUCUUACCAUGUUGAACAUCCAUGAAAAUCUCUUAGAAUCACUUUUAGAAUUACAGGCCUAUGCAGAUGUUCAGGCAGUCCUAGCAAAAUAUGAUGAUAUAAGCCUUCCAAAGUCAGCAGCAAUUUGUUAUACAGCGGCACUGUUGAAGACAAGGACUGUUUCAGAUAAAUUCUCUCCAGAAACAGCCUCCAGAAGAGGGUUAAGCACAGCAGAAAUUAAUGCUGUGGAAGCAAUUCAUAGAGCUGUGGAAUUUAAUCCUCAUGUUCCAAAAUAUUUACUAGAGAUGAAAAGUUUAAUUUUACCUCCAGAGCACAUUCUGAAACGGGGUGAUAGUGAAGCAAUUGCCUAUGCUUUCUUUCAUCUUCAGCACUGGAAGCGAAUAGAAGGUGCUCUUAAUCUGUUACAGUGUACAUGGGAAGGAACUUUUAGAAUGAUUCCAUAUCCAUUAGAGAAAGGACAUCUAUUUUACCCUUAUCCCAGCUGCACAGAGACUGCUGAUAGAGAGCUAUUACCUACCUUUCAUCAUGUUUCUGUUUACCCAAAGAAGGAGCUUCCUUUUUUCAUUCAUUUCACAGCAGGACUGUGUUCUUCUACAGCAAUGAUAGCCCUUCUCACACACCAGUUUCCUGAAAUCAUGGGUGUUUUUGCUAAAGCUGUAAGUGUGAUCUCAAGGACUUGUGUAGAGUAUUUGUAAAACACACAAGAAACUCUCUCUGAUCUGUUUGUAUUAACCCAGUUGAGCUGUGGGAGAUAUUUGUUACAGUAAAUUGCAGGAAUUGAUUUGUAAAGUUGCUGUCAUAAAUAUGUCAAACCCAAGUCUUUGGCAAUUUGAGCUAUACUUCUGUUGCUUAAAAGUUUAAAGAAUAC